GCCUCGCUCCCGUGCAACUUUUGAAGUAUUCCGGUCGCCAGCAAGCCUGACAUCUCUAAGAAGGGAAUACAUGCAUUUAAAAAGUGAGAUAGAGUGGCAAAGCCUGUCUGACGACGAAAGCGAAUCAUUGCUUCCUUUUCAGUAACUUAAAUUAGGCUGUGUGCUCUUUCAUAAAGCUAAACUGAAAGUAAUUUAAGCUGUGGAAUGGAAUUUUUAACAUCAAAAGUAAUGGUGAAUAUCGUAUUAUGUGACUUUACUGAAAGGCACUGAAUGGAGAUAAUGAAAUGGAGAAAAAGAACCACCUACCAAAGUAACAAGAUGUUCCAAUGCGGGCAUUUUUCAUACUCCUGUUCUUUUAUUUCUCCCGAUAAACUAUGACGUAUCUCUGAAACCCAAUGGCGAUGAAAUUACAUCUAGAAAGAACAGUCCGGACAGAGACGUCUUAUAUGGAAGAAACGUCCGCUUCAGUGCACUCUCUGUGUGUAGAAGUAUUCUCAAACGGCUCCAUCGAUGACAGAAAUGCAGAUACCACUUUACGAUUUAUACUGCGAGUAGUAAACCGGGAGGGAUGGAGCACUCCAGUCAGUUCAAACCGGCACCAGGUAUUUACGGAGACUUACUGAAUACUUCGACCAACGGCACUAAUGUGUUUGACUCUUCUCAAGCCGAUGGGAAAUCGGCGAAUCUGGUUUUCCAGACAAGCUUAGCCGUAAUACUUUCUAUCAUAACUCUCGCAACUACAUUGUCCAAUGCUUUUGUCAUCGCUACUAUUUCUCAAUCUAGGAAACUGCAUACUCCCGCGAACUUCUUAAUAGCUUCGCUUGCUGUGACAGAUCUGUUGGUGUCUAUUCUGGUUAUGCCAAUAUGCGUUUUGUACACAGUGAGUCAAACCUGGUCUUUAGGUCAAAUUAUCUGCGACCUCUGGCUGUCUUCUGACAUAACGUGUUGCACAGCUUCGAUUCUGCACUUGUGCGUUAUUGCGUUGGAUCGCUACUGGGCUAUAACAGACCCGGUUGAGUAUUCCAAAAAGCGCACGCCGGCGCGCGCUGCGGGGAUGGUAGCUACUGCUUGGGUCAUCGCCAUAUCCAUAUCGCUGCCUCCGUUGUUCUGGCGGCAGGUGAAAGCGGAUGAGGUGACCAGUUGCAGCGUAAACACUGAUCACAUAUUCUACACCAUCUAUUCAACUUUCGGAGCAUUCUACAUCCCUACCCUGCUUCUCAUCGUGUUAUAUGGCCGGAUCUACGUUGAAGCCCGAAAAAGGAUUUUAAAACAGUCGCCGAAAAAAACUGGGAAAAGAUUGACUUCGGCUCACCUAAUCACAAACUCGCCGGGGUCCACGACCCCUCUGAACUACAGAACAAAAGAAACAUCAUACAGCGAAACCAGCUCGCCGACUAGCGCAAACCAGGUGAAAGUAACGGUGUCCGACGCACUUUUGGAGAAAAAGAGAAUCUCAGCUGCAAGGGAGAGAAAAGCAACGAAAACUUUGGGAAUAAUACUGGGAGCGUAUAUCGUCUGCUGGCUGCCGUUCUUCAUUUACACCUUGUUGGUGCCUAUUUGCACAUCUUGUAUUUUUCACCCGGAAUUGUUUGACUUCUUCACUUGGCUUGGCUAUCUUAACUCUUUAAUCAAUCCGAUUAUUUAUACCAUGUCGAACGAGGAUUUUAAGAAGGCUUUUCACAAACUCUUGCGCUUUAAUUGUUGCAGAUCUUGAAAUUUCCGAAAAUUCACCGCGUAACCACCACAUAGAGAUCAAUUUCCCUCGGCAGACUUGUGUCACGCUUCUUUCAACCUAACCCAUAUUAACUAUAUACAUGCAGUGCCCUGUUCUUCAGAUCAAAUCUCGCUAUGAUCUUCUAGCGUCAGUGGGAUUUUAAAUGCUGCACCCUUUCUUCCACUGUUAAGAAAUGAGGGCUGUUUGAAAGCUGUGCGCUUUAGUUCCUGCAUACUUGUACUGUAUAUUCCACAGUUUAUGUUAUGUGUCCCAAAUCAUAUAUGUAACUGAUUCUGUUUUAAACUCCUGAAUGAAAAAAAAUAUUAAAUAA